AUGCACGCCUUCAGCAACAGCCCAGCAGGCGGUGGUCGCGCUGCCCCGGGGCUGCCCUCGUCCGUGCCCAUCCGUUCAGCGUCCUUCUCAAACCCACAGUUCCCUUCAACCCUGCGGGGCUCAUCCAGGUUCUCUUCCACCUUCGAGGAUGACGAAGACCUCGAAGAAGACACCUACGACAAUCCAGGGCCGUACGCCCAGUCAUCGACCCCAGUGCCUCGCGGCCGUCCGUUUCCCUCGUCUGCGGAUCUGACUCGUAGCAGGUCUCAGUCGCUGGCUACGACAACCCGUCCGAUUUCCAGUCCAUUUCAGUCUAGCACACAGCAACAUUUCUGGUCUUCUUCCCCAACCUCAGAGUCUCCCAGUAACCCACUUAACAUUCCAUCUCGCUAUGCGGACAUAAAACCACCUGGGUCUAGCCGGUAUGGGUCGCUUGGGACCAUUGCCAGAUCGCCCCUGGGAACCACCCAUUUCGACUCGUCGUCCGGGAACGGCAACAGCGGCAAUAAUGGCUACAGACACAAUACCAUCGACCCUUCCAACAUGAGUCCGUUCGUUAGAGACGUCAGCCAGAUCCUUUUGGACAACGGCUCCGCCCUCCGCGAACUAUGGGCAGGUAUGAACCCGCCCAAGGACGAGCACGGGGGUGGCGGUAGUGGCACGACGAGCAGACGUCAUAGUGUCAGCGUCGUCCAGCCGAGACGGCCCACCGUUGUCGGGUUCAACGCCCCCGGCCACGACACCCAGGACGAGUCAGCCGCAGCAGCACGUUCAAAUGUGUUCCACGGCCCUUUCGGCCGUGGCGGCUUGAUGUUCUCUGACGACGAUCUCGCGGAUGACCUGGGCUCGCUUAGUCUUUCCAAGGACGGGCCUGGGCCUUCGUCCUCCGCUCAUCCCCCGAGUCAGCCAUCAUCGCUUCCCAUUUACGCCCCCCUGUCGAGAAGCCCUCUGUCAUCAGAUCGUAUAUCCCCCUAUCAGCACAUCAACCUGAAUAUCCCAACUGGUACCUCUUUCGCAUCCCGUCAGCGCUUCGGAUCUCCUAGUGAUAGCGGGUUGUCUGCCGGUGCUAGUCCCCCCCGCAGCCAGUUGGAACAACAGCUGAUAGACGCCCAAUACCUCGUUGGUGGCAACGGUCAUGGCUCUCAUCAGCACCAGCAGCAGCAACAGCAGUCAUCCCUCACAGCUCGUUUUAUCCCCGGAAAGGGCAUCCAAUAUCUUCCUCAGGGGAACAACGAUGCCCCGUCUUAUAACCGCACCAACUCACAGGGUUCCAUGCCGUCCCCACUCUCACCCACGACGGGUCGUCCGAUCCAGCCCCAACAGGGUCCAUUUUACCCGCAGCAAAUGCAACGUCGCACAUCCGACGCACCUGUCCCGAAUCUGAAUGAUCUCGGCAAAGGCGUUCCGCUCUCAUCAGUCCCAGCCUCGUGGCCACUCUACAUCGUCGAAUUCAAAGCCGGUCGUACCGAUCUUUUCUACCUGACCGACCUCAGUCUCGAUAUUCGGGUGGGUGAUCUGGUCAUUGUGGAGGCGGAUCGAGGAAAGGAUAUGGGUACUGUCGUCAACGAUUCCAUUACUCUCAAGGAAGUGGAGGCGUUUGAACGCGAGCAGAGGGAACGGGUCACAUUCGGGGAUGGUGGUCCGCUGAGCCCUGGCGGUCAGCAAGGUUCAAAGAAGGAGAUAAACCCAAAGAUGAUCUAUGGAAAGGCCCAGCCUCAUGAUAGACAACAAUUGGUUAAUAAGGCGCAAGACGAAUUAAAGGCACUGCAGCUUUGUCAGACCAAAGUCAGACAGAAGAAGUUACCAAUGGAGGUCAUAGAUGCAGAAUAUCAGUGGGAUCGGCGAAAAUUGACAUUCUAUUUCAUCGCAGAAAAGCGCAUCGACUUCCGAGAGCUCGUCCGGGAACUGUUCAGGUUAUACAAAACCCGUAUCUGGAUGGCCUCUCUUCAGGGCCCCGGCGGUUACGAACAGUAA